UCUGACUCACUUGUCUUGAAAAUCAUUGUAUGGAAUCAUGUCCCUUAUCAAUGUAAUGAAUGUGGAAAAUCUUUUACCGAGAGCAGUGCCCUUCGUCGUCAUCAGACAGUUCAUACAGAAGAAAAGCCUUAUAAAUGCAGUGAAUGUGAAAAAUCCUUUAAAUUCAGCAGUGGUCUCCGGUAUCAUCAGAGUGUUCACACUGGAGAAAAGCCUUAUCAAUGUAAUGAAUGUGGAAAAUCUUUUACCGAGAGCAGUGCCCUUCGUCGUCAUCAGACAGUUCAUACAGAAGAAAAGCCUUAUAAAUGCAGUGAAUGUGAAAAAUCCUUUAAAUUCAGCAGUGGUCUCCGGUAUCAUCAGAGUGUUCACACUGGAGAAAAGCCUUAUCAAUGUAAUGAAUGUGGAAAAUCUUUUACCGAGAGCAGUGCCCUUCGUCGUCAUCAGACAGUUCAUACAGAAGAAAAGCCUUAUAAAUGCAGUGAAUGUGAAAAAUCCUUUAAAUUCAGCAGUGGUCUCCGGUAUCAUCAGAGUGUUCACACUGGAGAAAAGCCUUAUCAAUGUAAUGAAUGUGGAAAAUCUUUUACCGAGAGCAGUGCCCUUCGUCGUCAUCAGACAGUUCAUACAGAAGAAAAGCCUUAUAAAUGCAGUGAAUGUGAAAAAUCCUUUAAAUUCAGCAGUGGUCUCCGGUAUCAUCAGAGUGUUCACACUGGAGAAAAGCCUUAUCAAUGUAAUGAAUGUGGAAAAUCUUUUACCGAGAGCAGUGCCCUUCGUCGUCAUCAGACAGUUCAUACAGAAGAAAAGCCUUAUAAAUGCAGUGAAUGUGAAAAAUCCUUUAAAUUCAGCAGUGGUCUCCGGUAUCAUCAGAGUGUUCACACUGGAGAAAAGCCUUAUCAAUGUAAUGAAUGUGGAAAAUCUUUUACCGAGAGCAGUGCCCUUCGUCGUCAUCAGACAGUUCAUACAGAAGAAAAGCCUUAUAAAUGCAGUGAAUGUGAAAAAUCCUUUAAAUUCAGCAGUGGUCUCCGGUAUCAUCAGAGUGUUCACACUGGAGAAAAGCCUUAUCAAUGUAAUGAAUGUGGAAAAUCUUUUACCGAGAGCAGUGCCCUUCGUCGUCAUCAGACAGUUCAUACAGAAGAAAAGCCUUAUAAAUGCAGUGAAUGUGAAAAAUCUUUUAAAUUCAGCAGUGGUCUCCGGUAUCAUCAGAGUGUUCACACUGGAGAAAAGCCUUAUCAAUGUAAUGAAUGUGGAAAAUCUUUUACCGAGAGCAGUGCCCUUCGUCGUCAUCAGACAGUUCAUACAGAAGAAAAGCCUUAUAAAUGCAGUGAAUGUGGGAAAUCUUUUAAAAGUAGCACUGGUCUCCAAUAUCAUCACAGAUUUCACGUGGGAAAAAAACCUUAUCAAUGCACUGAAUGUGGAAAAUCUUUUACUGGUAAAACCGAACUUCAUUGUCAUCUGAGAGUUCAUACAGGAGAAAAGUUUUAUCAAUGCAGUGAAUGUGAAAAAUCUUUUACCACGAAGACCCACCUUCAUCGUCAUCAGAGAGUUCAUACGGGAGAAAAGCCUUAUAAAUGCAGUGAAUGUGGGAAAUCUUUUAAAAGUAGCAGUGGUCUCCAAUAUCAUCAGAGAAUUCACCCUGAAGAAAAGCCUUAUCAAUGCAGUGAAUGUCAAAAAUCUUUUACCACGAAGACCCACCUUCAUCGUCAUCAGAGAGUUCAUACAGAAGAAAAGCCUUAUCAAUGUAGUGAAUGUGGAAAAUCUUUUACCACUAAGAAAAACCUUCAUCGUCAUCAGAAAGUUCAUACGCGAGAAAAACCUUAUAAAUGCAGUGAAUGUGGAAAAUCUUUUACAGGUUGCAAUUGUCUCCAAAAUCAUCAGAGAGUUCACACUGGAGAAAAGCCUUAUAAAUGCAGUGAAUGUGGGAAAUCUUUUAAAAGUAGCAGUGGUCUCCAAUAUCAUCAGAGAAUUCACCCUGAAGAAAAGCCUUAUCAAUGCAGUGAAUGUCAAAAAUCUUUUACCACGAAGACCCACCUUCAUCGUCAUCAGAGAGUUCAUACAGAAGAAAAGCCUUAUCAAUGUAGUGAAUGUGGAAAAUCUUUUACCACUAAGAAAAACCUUCAUCGUCAUCAGAAAGUUCAUACGCGAGAAAAACCUUAUAAAUGCAGUGAAUGUGGAAAAUCUUUUUUUUUGAGACAUUUGUUGUGCUGCUUCACUGUUUGAUUGUAUUUUUUCUACGAAUUUAUGGUGACCCUUUCCCAGAAGUGUACUUGUUGAGUCUGUAUCUUUGUUAAAAUCUCAUAUGUUUUUGGCCUGGACGAGUCUAUUUUGAAGAAGUACUGUUGAUAUUUGGCUCUGUUGCAUAAUGAGUU